CCAUUCCGUAAAGAAAAAUAUAAUCUCACCCAAUAAUUCAGUUGCGAUACUCGAACGCCGAACCUGAAUAUUUAUUUUAUUGCGAGAGUGACGGAAAAAUCAACAGGAAGAUUGAGAAAAAAAAUAAAAAUAAAAACAUAAUGGGAGCUGUGAACAUAUGGAACGCCAUUGAAGUAGCUGGAGAAGCUUCAGAAAACUCCAUGUCUCAGAUCCAAUCUUCAUCUCUAUCCGUCGACCCUUCCCUCCCUCUUCCUCAAAUCACACCUCGCAUCAUAGAGUUGUGCAAAGAUUUGUUCAAGAAAUGGUCUAAGCUGGAUAAUUCUUGCUUCUCUGUUGAGACCGUUUCCGGUGGCAUUACAAAUCUCUUGCUGAAGGUUUCAGUGAAGGAAGAUAAUGGAAAUAACCUGUCUGUCACAGUCAGGUUAUAUGGGCCUAACACCGAUUAUGUUAUCAAUCGUGAACGCGAAUUGCAGGCCAUCAAAUACCUCUCGGCCGCAGGAUUUGGUGCUAAUUUGCUUGGAGUUUUCAGCAAUGGCAUGGUGCAGUCUUUUAUCUAUGCACGAACACUUGUUCCUGAAGACAUGAGGAAACCAAAGCUGGCCGUUGAAAUAGCCAAACAACUACACAGAUUUCAUCAAGUGGAAAUUCCAGGUUCAAAGGAACCUCAGCUAUGGAAUGACAUGUUCAAGUUCUUCGAGAAAGCCUCCAAUCUUGAAUUUGAUGAUUUUGAGAAGCAGAAGAUAUACAAGACCAUAUCUUUUGAGGAGAUUCAGAAUGAAAUUAAUGAGCUCAAGGAACUGACAGACCGUUUUAAUGCUCCAGUGGUGUUUGCUCACAAUGACUUGCUUUCUGGAAAUAUAAUGAUGAACGAUGAAGAAGAGACACUUUACUUCAUUGAUUUUGAGUAUGGAUCCUACAAUUACAGAGGCUUUGACAUUGGAAAUCACUUCAACGAAUAUGCAGGCUAUGAAUGCGAUUACAGCUUAUAUCCAAGUAAGGAUGAACAAUACCAUUUCUUCAGACACUAUUUACAGCUCGAAAAUCCACAUGAGGUAUCUGAGAGAGAUCUUGAUGCUCUCUACGUUGAGGCAAAUACUUAUAUGUUGGCUUCGCACUUGUAUUGGGCUUUAUGGGGCAUAAUUCAGGCAAAGAUAUCCCCAAUUAAUUUCGAUUACGUUAGCUAUUUCUUCUUGCGAUACGAUGAAUACAAAAAGCAGAAGGAAAGUUGCUUCUCGCUAGUGAGAUCAUACCUCUCAGGAUUUGGGACAGCCCAGAAUCUUACUUAGAAGCAUGGGAGAAGCUGGCCUUUUAAAGAAGUUUUUUUGUUUGUAGUUUUAUUUUUCCGUUGUGUAAUAUUCUUUUGUGAUUCAACCAUGUACGGACCAAGAAAGAUGCAUGAUCUAAUAAUUGGUGUUCAAGGUCGGGGCAUUAAUUACCAAUUUUAGGAGGUAGCUGCUUCACUGCGGAUGCUGUCCAACAACACUGCACCAUCGGUGUGUUUUGGUUAAUUUUCUUUGUGAUAUGGGUUUGGGUGUCCAAUUUCUUCUAUCAUUGAGUGUCUAAGCAUGGUGAAUUUUAAAAAAAAUGUGUUAUUUUUUAUUUUAUUUGUUUCAAAUGAUGUUGGAAACUUGGAUUGAAAGUGUAGAAUAAAAGAUUUAGAGAGUUUUUAUUCCUUGUUGGUUAGUAUGUUUGUAUUAUUGGGAUGUUUGUUGUGUUCGGAUUUGAUUUAAAAAUUUGUUAUUAAAACUUGUUAUAGAGUUUUAUAA